CUAAGACAACAAAAUCAGGGCAGCAACCAAACAAACAAACACUCCGGUUUAUAUUCGUUUUGGGUUGGGCAUAUGCAGACAAAAUGCACAUUCCUAAAUCACUAUGACCAAUCAAUCAACUGUAGACCCUUUCUUUCUUCUCUAACGCGCCUAAACACCCCUUUUCAAACACCCCAUUUUCCUUCUUUCUUUCUGUUGCCGGACCUAUGGCCGGUGAGACCCCACCUUCUCAUCGGAGAGACCCCAUCAAACACACAGUUGGGAAUGCUGCUGUACAAAGGAGGCGACAGCUGGCGGUUUCGGUGGCGAAAGAACGACGAGAAGCGAUGUUUAGAACGAAACGGUUGUGUACCGAGGGGUUCGGUAUGAAUCUUGAUGAGGCGGCUGGUGGUGGAAUGAUGAUUGAUGAGGAACCGCCGGUUUUGGAAUCUCAGACUUCUAAAGCUGUUGAAGAAUUAAAGCUUGCAGUUUCGUUUAAGGGGAAAGAUGCGGUUCAAAAGAAAGUAAACGCUCUUCGUGAGUUAAGACGGUUACUGUCAAGAUCCGGCUUUCCUUUUGUUGAAAUCGCUCUUAAAUCGGGAGCAAUACCUUUACUUGCUCAAUGUCUUUCAUUUGGCUCCGACGAUGAACAGGUUCUUGAAGCUGCUUGGUGUCUUACAAACAUAGCUGCCGGAACACUCGAACAAACCAAAUCUUUAUUACCAACUUUACCCUUACUUAUCGCUCAUCUUGGAGAAAAAAGUUCGUUAUCUGUUUCGGAACAAUGCGCAUGGGCAUUAGGAAACGUUGCAGGCGAAAGUGACGAGUUGCGGGAUCUUCUUAUUUCACAAGGAGCGUUAAUUCCUCUUGCGAAAAUGAUGCUGCCCGAUAACGGUUCAACCGUCAGAACAGCCGCUUGGGCGUUAUCAAACUUGAUCAAGGGACCAGACCCCGAUGCUGCAACCGAACUCGUAAAAAUUGAUGGGGUGGUAGAUGCCAUACUUCGACAUUUGAAGAAAUCGGACAUUGAAUUAGCAACCGAAGUAUCGUGGGUUGUUGUCUAUUUAUCGGCUCUUUCAGAUGUUGCUACUAGUGUGCUGAUGAAGACUGAUAUUGUUCGAAUUCUUGUUGACCGUUUAGCCGCCUCAAAUAAUUUGCAAUCAAUAAUUCCGUUGCUAAGGAGCUUAGGUAAUCUACUGUCGGGUGAUGCUUACACAACAAAUGUUGUUCUUGAUCCUGCACAUGAAAUUACAGAAAGUAUAAUACGAUCAUUGAGUAAAUGUUUAAAGAGUGAGCAUCGCUUCAUGAAAAAGGAAGCGGCUUGGGUGCUAUCAAACAUAGCUGCAGGCUCGGUUGCACACAAGCAACUGAUAUGUGAGAGUGAAGCGGUGUCAUUAUUAUUGCAGCUUCUUGCCGGUGCGCCAUUCGACAUUAAAAAAGAGGUUGCUUAUGUUCUCGGCAACCUAUGCGUGGCUCCAGCCAAUGGCUUGGGCCGACCACCCAUAUUGUCGGACCAUUUGGUCUUGUUUGUUAGAAAUGGUUGUCUUUGCGGUUUCAUCGAUCUGGUCAGGCAAGCCGACCCUGAAGCUGCCCGAAUCGGACUUCACUUCAUGGAGCUGGUGUUAAGAGGGAUGCCAAAUGGUGAGGGUCAGAAGCUUGUUGAAAAAGCGGGUGGAAUUGAUGCACUAGAACGGUUUCAGUUUCAUGAAAACGAUGAUCUUAGAAUGAUGGCCGGUUUGUUAGUUGACAGUUAUUUUGGAGAAACGUAUGGGGUUGAUGAGUGAGUAGAAAAUGAAUACAAGGUCGAGCGCUUGUUUGUGUACUAACUAACUCAUAGGUUAACCGAUGGUGGUUGAAUACAACGUUUGGUAUAUAUGUUCUAUUAUGAUCGUUAUCCGAUUAUAAAUGAUUAAAA